AUGCCCACCGUGCUACACGCUCUGCUAGCAGUUGCGGCUCAACAUCUCUCACGCUUUGAUCGAUCGCGAAGGGCAAGCUGUAUGAUCGAUGCUAACAGGCAUUACAACACAGCUAUCCGCAUAUUUAUGGCAAGUCGAACAGCUGUGACGCCCUUAAGUGGAGCUGCACAGCUGUUGCUUUCAAUUUUGACAUGCAUCUUCGCAUGUGCGAACGCCGAAUCUGUCAGAGGACUUCUAGUCUUCAAUGCACAAGGGGAUCUUGCAGACUGGGUUGUUCUGUUCCGUACAAUAACUCCUGUCGUUGAAAGUGAUACCGAGACAAUCUGGCUGAGGCGACUGGAACCAUUGUUUGUCCAGAUGAGGUGCUCAGCAGACGCUCGCCGGACCCCACAAGCGCUUGAGUUGGGCCAGUCAUACAUCUGGGAGUUGAAACUGAAGGUCCUCUCCGAGCACUCGACCAACGUCCGAAUAUGCAAGAUCUACGCAGAUACGAUAGAUGAACUAGGAAGAGUGUGGGGAAUUGCCAUUAAAAAAGACGGGGAAUGUAGUCUUCAAAUUGCGGGCAUAUUUUCAUGGCUGUUUGAGGCCUCAAACCCAUAUUUGGAGUUCUUGAAACAAAGAGAACCCACGGCCCUGGUCAUUUUCGGACACUAUAUUGUCAUUCUACGACGGUUCGAAUGGACGUGGUGGAUGGAAGAACUCGGUGGUCGACUUAUGACUCAGAUAUAUUCUCUAUUGAGUGAGAAGUAUCGAAGUUGGCUAAAGUGGCCUCAACAACAGAUAGGGUGGGUGCCACCGGACCAUAUGAAUUGA